UCGGCCGUUCAGAGAAUGCGUUCCUGACACAUCGCGAUUGAACUGACGACGUAACUUUGUAAUGGCGUUGCAGUUACGAUAACAAUUUUUUGCUGAUUGUUUACCGUUUUAACAAUUGAUGAAAUAAAUUUAAAACAACAUUAUUAUAUCAAUAAUCAAUGAAUGUUAUAAUUUUGGUCCAAACUGAGUGUCAAAUAACUUGGUAAACAAUAUUUUUCUAAAUCUAUACUGCGCAAUUACAAGGUUAUGUCAGCGCUUUAUAUUUGUAGUGCUGUGCUAAAAAUAACAGGCAAGUAUCGUAAUCAGUUCUUUUACAGUUAUACUUAUAUUAUAAAAUAAAAGAUUUGUUUUUCUUUUUUAAAAUUUGAAAAUAAUGGACUAUAAGAUAACUUUUAUGAAUUUAAUACAGCUAAUUUCAGCUAAUUAUUAAAAGCUUAUAUUAGUAUCUUAAGGUAACAAACUGCGUAAGUUAAAACUUCAAUACCAAUCUGUGUUUAAUAAUCUUAGCAAAUUCGGAUUUGUCUCACAUAGCUUAAUCUCAUAGACACCAAUAAGUAAGUAGUAUAAUAUGUGCGCAGUCCUGUUUACUAUAUUAUGUCUAUGGUUUUUAUUUGAUUAUCCGGCUUAUGUUUAAUGGACUUGUAGCGACAUGAAACGCAUACAACCUUUUCGACUCGCAACCUUCAAUAGUCAUGAAGAAAAAUACAAUGAAGUUCAAAUGUCAAAUUCAAAAUUUUAAAUUUUCAAAAUCAGAUUUUCGUUGUCGCAGGCGUACACAUAUAAAUAGGGCGCCGCCCGUAUAAAUAAAUUAGUCGACAUAAAUUCUUCGUGCGUAACUCAUCUCCUUAAGACUGUUUCUGCUUUUCAAACUGACAUCGGCGCUAAAUAGGACUUCGAUUGUGUUUUUUAUUGCGUUCUUUUUACUUUUGGUGCAUAAUAAUGCCUAAACGUGGACAAACAUUGACAAGUGGAGCCCGUGAGUUAAUCAUCAAGCUGCAAGAUUACUUUGAGCGGGAGCGGCAAAAUUGCGGACCCCUGAUACCUGUCGAACAAGUACAAGAACGCGUCUCUCAGGCGCUUGGAGUUAGCAAACGAACGAUAGCAAAUAUUAAUAAAGAAAAGUUCGGCUCGACUGGCAUGGAAGAUAAUAUUUUACGUACUCCGAAGAAGAAACGUAGAACUAAACCCGUGACAGAUAUUGACACCUUUGACGCCGAUGCAAUCAGAAAUCAUAUAUAUGGUUACUAUUCCAGAAAUGAAUAUCUCAACAGGAAGAAGCUUUUGGCAUCCUUAAGAGAAGCUGGACUGUUUAGGGGGGGUAAAACUGCUUUAACCAAAAUCUUAAAAGAUAUAGGUUUUUCGUAUAAAAAAACAGACAAAAGAAAAAUUUUAUUAGAACGAUACGACGUAAUUUUAAAAAGGAUAAGUUUUUUGAGGGAAGCAAAAAAAAUUGAUAACUGGGAUAAUGUCGUGUUCAUUGACGAGACAUGGCUAAACGCCAAUCACACGGUUUCCCGUUCCUGGACGGAUGAUACACAAGCGUCAACGUCAAAAGUACCAAUGGGUAAGGGGGCCCGUCUGAUAAUAUGCCACGCAGGUUCUGCAAAAUACGGCUUUGUGGAGAACGCGUUACUGGCAUUUCAAUCAAAAACCACAAAUGACUACCACGAGGAAAUGAAUGCCACUACAUUUAAAGAGUGGUUCCAGAACGUGCUUUUGCCCAGCCUAGCAGAGCCUUCUGUAAUAUUCAUGGAUAAUGCCUCCUAUCACUCGGUUCAAAUACAGAAACCCCCUACCCAAGCUAAUAAAAAAGAAGAAAUGGUGGCUUGGUUACAAGCAAAAGGCAUUGACGCAAAUAUGCAGAUGCUAAAAGCAGAGCUAAUUAAAUUAGUUAAAGAAAAUAAAGCGGCAAAUGUGCGAUACGAAAUCGAUGAACUGGCUCUGGAGUACGGUCAUCGCGUUCUAAGAAUUCCACCGUAUCAUUGCCAAUAUAACGCGAUCGAGCUAAUCUGGGCUCAAAUAAAAGGUUACGCCGCCCGCCACAAUACUUCCCCGCCAUUCAGCACGAAAAAGAUGAUGACCCUAUUAAAAGAAGCCUGCGGGGAAGUCACAAGAGAUGACUGGGCAAGGGUUGUUGAGAAGACUAAAAACCUGAUUUUGGAACAUUUUGACCGAGAUAUCAGGAUUGAUUCUGUUAUUGAUAAUAAUAUAAUUAUACAUGUAGGGGAAGAUGAUGAUGAAGACACCACCUCCUCAAGCGAAUCGGAGUCUGAUUAAUAUUCUGUACGCACAUUCAAUUCAAUGUACUUACUUUAUUGCAUAGAAAUUGUAACUUUGUAACAAAGAAUAAAUAAAACAAUUUUAUUAUAUGAAUAUUACCUUUUUUUGGUUUCCACUUAAAUAACUAAAAUAAAAAUUUAAAUGAUUCCGCCAAUUUAAAACGAAAAUAAUCUUAAAAUAAUUUGGCGGUUCAUUUUGGGGGAACGGUAACGAACUCAGUGUUAUGUUGUGCCCAUCACUAGUCGUGACUAACUGAUAGGUGUCAGGAACGCAUUCUCUGAACGGCCGAA